CAACAGCUUCCGAAUGUUAGUGUUAAGAACCAAAAUGAAAUCGUUCGUAGCAAUCCUAUUCGUAGCAGUACUCUUCUCUACGGCUCGUGCAGAAGAUCGCAGCCUUCAAGGGAGAGAUGCUAUUUCUGAUGCAACUGCGGCGCUUUUAAACGUGGUAAAAGCCUGCGCGUUGGAUAAAAUACCUCCUUUAAUAGAAAAGGGUGACGGUGUUCUUUUUGGCGUUUUGAGUUUGUUAUUUGGAUGUGGUCUUCCUGGAAUUUUAAAACCCGUAAGUGAUGUGGUGAAGUGCAUAUUGACCAAGCUUGGCGGUGUGUUGUCGGACGUUACUAGUACAUUACUGUUAGCUGUCAUCCCUAUUGUGGCGGUUGAAGACGUUGUAAAUUGUGUUAAGACCUCUUCUACUGGUGUGUGCACAGCUUUCCGGGCUGCACUUGCUUCAGUGCCAGUAGUAGGAGACCUACUAAAAGCCCUACUCGUAUUUUGCCCACAAUAAAUCGCCUAAAACUUGUACUUCAGUGCCCGAACCGCCUUUAUUAUGUCAAAAAAAUACAACUACUAGCAAAUAAAU